AUGCCUGCAGACAGCCUUCGACCUGUUUUCGCUCGCUCUCAGAGCAAUUCUGGCUUUCCGGCUCCUCCGGCCACGUUCUCUCCAUUGAAUGAUGACGACGAUGAUAUCAUGCCUUCUAACGAGGCCGUCUUGGAACUCAACGAUGGCUCUGCGUUUAGAGGUAUCAGCUUCGGGGCGGAAGAAAAAAGUGUUGCAGGCGAAUGCGUCUUUCAGACUGGUAUGGUCGGGUACACAGAAUCCUUCACCGAUCCUUCAUACGAAGGCCAGAUCCUUGUCCUCACCUAUCCGUUGAUCGGAAAUUACGGCGUGCCCGAACGCCCCAAAAACGACGUUGAUCUCCCUUCGGAGUUCGAGUCAUCCCGCAUUCAUAUUGCUGCCCUCGUAGUUGGUUCAUAUACUGAGGACUAUAGCCAUUUUUUGGCAAAUUCUUCACUUGGAGCUUGGUUGAAAGAAAAUAACAUCCCUGCCAUUUGUGGUGUGGACACCCGCGCCCUCACCAAGAAAAUACGGGAGAAAGGUUCCAUGUUAGCCAGAGUGUUGGCGCGAAAGUCAGAUGCCCCUCCCCACCGCUUGCAGCCUCUUAUUGCGGAGUCACGCUCGGUCUCACGUUCAUCCUCUCCGCCACCUUCGGAAGACUACAUCGAUGUCCCGUGGCACGAUCCCAACUCUGAUAAUCUCGUUGCUGCAGUAUCGUUAUCGGCUCCCCGACUUUUUAAACCUAGAGGCCAACCUCGUUUUCAUCCGAACGGACGUGUUCUUCGUGUUGUCGCUGUAGAUGUGGGCAUGAAGUAUAAUCAAAUUCGAUGCUUCACUGAGCGUGGAGUGGAGCUCAAGGUUGUUCCUUGGGAUUACGACUUCAUCAACGAGGCCGAGCCAUAUGAUGGACUGUUUAUAUCAAACGGUCCAGGUGAUCCUGUGACAAUCAUGCCCACCGUCAAGCGAAUUGCUCAGGCAAUUGAGAAAGGCGACCGCCCUAUCUUCGGUAUCUGCCUUGGGCACCAACUGCUCGCUCUUGCUGCGGGAGCUACUACCUCAAAAAUGAAAUACGGCAACCGCGGACAUAAUAUCCCAUGCACUCACGCACUGUCUGGAAGGUGCUACAUAACGUCUCAAAACCAUGGUUUCCAAGUCGACACAAGUACGCUCCCUCAGGGGUGGAAAGAGCUUUUCCGCAAUGCCAAUGACGGUAGUAACGAAGGGAUCUACUGCAAAGACAAACCAUUUUUCUCCGUACAAUUCCAUCCGGAAUCUACUCCUGGCCCUCGUGAUACGGAAUUUCUUUUCGACGACUUCAUCCGGAUUAUUAUGGAUUGUGUCAACACAAACACCUUGGUGCCCAUAUCAUUUCCGGGCAGACGCAAGGAAGAUAACGAUCAAACGUUCCCUCGCGCCAAUGUCCAAAAGGUUCUUAUCCUUGGCUCCGGUGGAUUGUCCAUCGGGCAGGCAGGCGAGUUUGAUUACUCAGGCUCGCAGGCUAUCAAGGCGCUCAAGGAGGAAGGCAUUUAUACCAUUCUCGUCAACCCUAACAUCGCCACCAUCGCUACCUCCAAGGGUCUCGCGGACAAGGUAUAUUUCCUUCCGGUGACACCCGAUUUCGUGCGCAAAAUCAUCAAGUACGAGAAACCGGAUGGCAUCUACGUGACAUUUGGUGGACAGACCGCCCUUAAUGUCGGCAUCAAACUCAAAGAUGAGUUUGCGGCUCUUGGAGUACAGGUUCUUGGUACCCCCAUCGAAACUAUCAUCACGACAGAGGAUAGGCAAUUAUUUGCCCAAGCGAUGGAGGAUAUCGGGGAGCGUUGUGCUCAGUCCGCCACAGCUACUACUCCAGAUGAAGCAGCAGCUGCAGCGCGCGAGAUUGGCUUCCCGGUCAUUGUUCGUGCUGCAUAUGCUCUGGGUGGUUUGGGAUCUGGCUUUGCCCAGGAUGAAGCCCAGCUUCGCGCUCUAUGUAGAAAGGCAUUUGCGACUAGCCCUCAGGUGCUCGUAGAAAAGAGCAUGAAAGGUUGGAAAGAGAUCGAGUAUGAAGUCGUCCGCGAUUGUCGCGACAAUUGCAUAACUGUUUGUAAUAUGGAGAAUUUUGAUCCCCUCGGCAUACACACUGGAGACUCCAUUGUGGUUGCUCCCUCCCAAACGCUGUCUGAUUCCGACUACAACAUGCUUCGAACAACUGCGAUCAACGUCAUUCGCCAUCUUGGUGUUGUUGGCGAGUGCAAUAUUCAGUACGCUCUGAAUCCGACCUCAAAGGAGUACUGCAUCAUUGAGGUCAAUGCACGUCUGUCACGAUCGUCAGCACUGGCUUCAAAAGCUACGGGUUAUCCCCUUGCGUUUAUUGCUGCUAAGCUCGGUCUGGGUGUCCCGUUGAACGAAAUCAAGAACUCCGUGACGAAAGUAACUAGCGCUUGCUUCGAGCCGAGCUUGGACUACGUUGUUGUUAAGAUACCACGUUGGGACCUCAAGAAAUUCAACCGGGUCAGCCGGCUUCUUAGCAGUAGCAUGAAGAGCGUCGGUGAAGUCAUGAGCAUCGGCAGAACUUUCGAAGAGACCAUCCAGAAAGCGAUACGGGCGAUUGACGAUCAAUUCCUUGGAUUUGCGAAGAAUAACUUUGUGGAUGACAUUGACGAGGAGCUGGUCAAUCCCACUGACAAGCGGAUAUUCGCCAUCUCAAAUGCAUUCCAUCGGGGCUAUAGCAUCGACAAGAUCUGGCAGAUGACUAACAUCGACAAAUGGUUCCUAACGAAACUUCAACACAUUCAUCGCAUGGAGAAGCGCUUGUCAGAGCAAUCCAUUACUUCUGUCAGUAACAGAAUCAUCCUCCAAGCGAAGCAGCUUGGCUUCUCCGAUCGCCUAUUAGCCAGUUGUUUAGGUUCAACAGAGUUAGCUGUCCGAAGGCUUCGUCAAGAAAUUGGUAUUGGCCCAUUCGUCAAGCAAAUAGACACCGUCGCAGCCGAGUUCCCCGCAGUAACGAAUUACCUCUACACUACGUAUAACGCUAUCGAGCACGACGUCGAGUUCAAUGAUCGCGGCGUCGUGGUCAUUGGCUCAGGUGUCUAUCGCAUCGGCUCCUCCGUCGAAUUCGAUUGGUGCGCGGUCAGGGCUAUCAGGACGCUUCGCGAACAAGGUCUCCCGACAAUCAUGGUCAACUACAACCCGGAAACAGUCAGCACUGAUUACGACGAAGCUGAUCGCCUUUAUUUCGAGAAUAUCAGCUUGGAGACCAUUCUUGAUAUCUAUGACACAGAGCGUGCGCGCGGCGUCAUUUUGUCGAUGGGUGGCCAAACCCCGAACAAUAUUGCCCUUCCCCUCUAUCGUCAGAACGUGAAAAUCUACGGGACUUCUCCUGAGAUGAUUGACACCGCGGAGAAUCGCUUCAAAUUCUCUAGGUUACUCGAUGAGAUUGGCGUUGACCAGCCUCGGUGGAAAGAACUGACAAGUUUCCAGGAGGCUCUCGCCUUUUGCGAUUCAGUGGGGUACCCUGUCCUCGUCCGUCCUUCCUACGUCCUUUCAGGGGCGGCCAUGAACGUCGUUUCAACUGGUGACGACUUGGCCAACUAUUUGACACAAGCAACUGCUGUCUCUCGCGAACACCCCGUCGUUAUCACGAAGUACAUCGAGCAAGCGAAGGAGAUAGAGAUGGAUGCUGUAGCAAAGGACGGUCAGAUGGUCAUGCAUUUUAUCUCGGAGCACGUUGAGAAUGCUGGUGUACACUCUGGUGACGCCACUCUCAUCCACCCACCACAAGAUCUUGAUCCCGCUACCGUUCGUCAAAUCGAGGAAGCCACUGCCAAGAUCGGAAACGCUCUCAAUGUGACUGGACCCUUCAACAUCCAGUUCAUAGCUAAGAACAACGAGAUCAAGGUGAUCGAAUGCAAUCUACGAGCGGCGCGGUCUUUCCCCUUCGUUUCCAAAGUCACCGGCAUUGACGCUAUUGAGAUGGCUACCAAGGUCAUGCUUGGAUUGCCGGUGGAGAGCUACCCAGAUCCUGGUCUUCCUCCAGACUAUGUCGGAGUCAAGGUCCCUCAGUUUAGCUUCAGUCGGCUCUCUGGAGCAGACCCUGUACUUGGUGUGGAAAUGGCGUCUACUGGGGAAGUCGCCUGCUUUGGGCGUGAUAAGUAUGAGGCAUACCUCAAGGCUUUAAUCUCCACCGGCAUUGUGCCACCAAAGAAGAAUAUCUUGCUUUCUAUUGGGAGCUAUCGGGAGAAAUUGGAAAUUCUGCCCUCAGUGCAGAAACUCCACGCUGCGGGAUACAACAUCUUCGCGACAUCCGGUACUGCCGACUUCUUGACAGAACACAACGUUCCUUGCAAAUACCUGGAAAGUCUUCCGGAAGAUAGCAACGAUAAACAGAAGUCCGAAUAUUCGCUCACACAGCACUUGGCCAAUAAUCUGAUCGACAUGUAUAUCAACCUCCCAUCGAAGAACAAUUAUCGCCGCCCCGCAAGCUACGCCAGUAAAGGGUACCGCACGCGGCGCAUGGCAGUUGAUUUUGCAAUUCCGCUCAUAACGAACGUCAAAAACGCGAAAUUGCUUGCAGAAGCACUUGUUCGCAAGCUUCCGUUGGAUGUAUCGAGCAUCGAUUCCAAAUCCUCGUAUCUAACGCAUGCGUUCCCCGGGUUUGUUAACAUUUCCGCGUUCAUACCCCGCCUCACCGAGCCGGGAGCUGAUGACUUCGAGCAAGCUACCCGGGCUUCUAUCAGUGCAGGCUUUACUACUUCACUCGUUCUGCCAGUCGGACUUGAUAGCGCCAUCACCGAUGCCUCUUUACUUGAGCAGGUUCAUGCCACAGCUGCAAGGAGCGCACGCUGCAACUACGCCCUUAGCAUUACUGGGAAGGAUAGUAAUGUCCAGGCUCUUGACGAGGAAGUCAGAGCGGACGUGAAGUCGUUGUACAUAUCAUUCCAUGGGAACUUCGCCUCUCCUCAAAUUUCCACUGUCGCUGCCAACUUCGCCUCGUGGCCCCAAAACAAGACAAUCGUGACCGAUGCUCGUGGCUCAAACCUUGCAUCAGUGCUCCUACUAGCGUCUCUUCAUAAUCGCAGCGUUCAUAUCACCGACGUCAGAAACAAAGAUGAUUUGCUUCUCAUCUCGCUCAGCAAGGAAAAACAUCUCAAAGUUACUUGUGAUGUUUCAGUCUUCGCCUUAUUCUUCACGCGGGAACACUAUUCUCAACCCACCUCGUUGCCAUCAGCCCAGGAUCAGGAGGCACUAUGGAAGAACCUUGAUAUAAUCGAUGCGUUCUCAGUCGGGAUGCUUCCUCAUCAACUUGCGACGGAACUUCAAGAGUCGGCCUCUGCGUGGUCCGGAACGGAGGAAACACUACCCUUAUUGCUUACCGCUGUUACUAGUGGUCGACUCACUCUCGAGGAUAUUCGUGUGCGCCUUCACGAUAACCCGAUUCGUAUCUUUGGUCUUCCUGAACAAACGACAACUCACGUGGAAGUUGUCCUAGGACGACGAGCUCAGCAUCAGAACCACAGCACAUGUUGGUCUCCUAUGCAGAAGGGUUCCGUCACUGGGUCACUGCACAGAGUAGUCGUGCAUGGCAAAACCUUAUUCCUUGACGGUGAACUCUCUGCUUUACCGCUAGGCAAAGAUGUAUCCAGUGCGACGAUCGUGCAUGUCGCUGGAGAGCGGCAAGCAGGUGUGCCUCUGGCGAAACCACAGCUUGUUUCUGGGCCUUCUGCCGCUAGGGUGCCUGAUGGUUCUAUUCCUCCCCAUCAGACGGCUUUGCCACCGUCUGCCAGUGGUCCCGCCGGUUCAGGCAUCAGUGUACCACCGGUUGUUGUUCACGGUCGUCAUCCGGCAUUCCACCGUCGUCAUAUACUUUCCGUGAAGCAAUUCACACAACGCGAUAUGUAUGACCUCUUCUCCUUGGCCCACGAAAUGCAACUUCAGGUCGAGCGCAAUGGGACACUAGACAUCUUGAAGGGCAAAGUUCUUUGCACCCUUUUCUACGAGCCGUCCACCCGUACAAGUACUUCUUUCGAUGCGGCCAUGAAACGUUGUGGAGGCGAAGUGAUUCAAGUUAACGUAGACACUUCAUCAGUGAAGAAAGGAGAGACGCUGGCCGAUACUGUUCGCACAGUAGGGUCUUAUGCCGAUGCCAUUGUGAUUAGGCACCCCGAUGUUGGUAGCGCCCAACUCGCCGCUAAAUAUUCCCCUGUGCCUGUUCUGAAUGCCGGCGAUGGCAUAGGAGAGCAUCCUAGUCAGGCUCUUCUCGACAUUUAUACCAUUCGAUCCGAGCUGGGGACUGUCAAUGGCAAAACGAUCACCAUCAUAGGAGAUCUGAAGAAUGGGCGCACAGUUCAUAGCCUGGUCACUCUACUCUGUCACUACUCAGUCCGUCUGAACUUCGUCGCGCCUCCGGCGCUUGCGAUGCCCGCAAAGGUGGUCGCCGCUGCGCGGAAGGCGGGUAUAUUUGUGCAGCAGCUGGAAUCGCUCGAGGAGGUCUUGCCUGAUACUGACGUUCUCUACGUGACCAGAGUGCAACGAGAGAGGUUCAAGAAUGAAUCGGAGUGGCAAGCGGUCAAAGACUCUUAUCGGAUUGAUCACGCCCUUCUUUCUCGGGCCAAAGAAGAUAUGAUUGUAAUGCACCCGUUGCCUAGAGUGAACGAAAUCGAUCCCGAAGUCGAUUUCGAUUCCCGACGCGCCGCUUACUUCCGUCAAAUGCGUUACGGACUUUUCGUUCGGAUGGCCCUUCUCGCCAGCGUGAUGGGCUGA